AUGGGUCUCUUAACCCUCAAGGAAGACCGGCCGACGCCGAAGGCCGUCUAUAACUGGCGCGUCUACAUGUGCGCCGCCGUCGCGUCCUUUGCCGCGUGUAUGAUUGGAUAUGACUCUGCAUUCAUUGGCGGCACCCUCGCCCUCCCGUCGUUCCAGCGCGAAUUCGAUUUUGCGCAGUACAAGGCCGAAGACCUGGCGCUCGUCCAGGCAAACAUCGUCUCCGUCUACCAAGCCGGCGCCUUCUUCGGCAGUAUCAUGGCUUUCGUCACCAACUUCUACCUCGGCCGCCGCAAAUCCCUCCUCAUCUUCGUCGCCGUCUUUGCUCUCGGUGCAGGCAUGAUGCUAGGCGCCAACAAGCAGCGCGGCCUCGGCCUCAUCAUCGGCGGCCGUGUCCUUGCCGGCAUCGGCGUGGGCGCCUCGUCCAACGUCGUGCCGAUAUACAUCUCCGAGAUCUCGCCCCCCGCCGUCCGCGGCCGCCUCGUGGGCUUGUACGAGCUGGGCUGGCAGGUUGGCGGGCUCGUCGGCUUCUGGAUCAACUACGGCGUCAACACGACCAUGGCGCCAUCUCACACGCAGUGGCUCAUCCCCUUCGCCGUUCAGCUCAUCCCCUCGGGCAUGCUGUUCUUUGGCGCCCUCUGGGUGAAGGAGUCCCCCCGCUGGCUUUUCUCGCGCGGCCGCCGGGAGGAGGCCCUGAAGAACCUCGUCUGGAUCCGGAACCUCGAGGCCGACGACAUCUACAUGGUCGAGGAGAUUGGCUACAUUGACGCGGACCUCGACCGCUACGCCAAGGAGGUCGGUCAAGGCUUCUGGAAGCCGUUCGGCGCGCUGACGGACCGCAAGAUCCAGUGGCGCUUCUUCCUCGGUGCCUUCAUGUUCCUGUGGCAGAACGGGUCAGGCAUCAACGCUAUCAACUACUACAGCCCCACCGUUUUCGCCAGCAUCGGCAUCCGCGGCACCAACGCCUCGCUGCUCACGACGGGCAUUUUCGGCGUGGUCAAGACGGCCCUGACCGUCGUCUGGCUCCUUUGGCUCAUUGACCAGUUUGGGCGCCGUGCCAUGUUGCUCGUCGGGGCUAUUGGUGGGGGUCUUUGCAUGUUCUACAUCGGUGGAUAUAUCUCCCUUGCAGGGGUUUCGAGCAGCAGCAGCGAGAACGCCCCACUUUCACCGGCCGGAAUUUCUGCUAUUUUCAUGUUCUACCUUUGGACUGCCUUCUACACGCCUUCCUGGAACGGCACACCUUGGGUGCUGAACAGCGAGAUGUACGAUGUCAACACGAGGGCUCUCGGCCAAGCCUGGGCGGCGUGCAACAACUGGUUCUGGAACUUCAUCAUCAGCAGGUUCACGCCGCAGAUGUUCCUCAAGAUGGGCUUCGGCGUAUACAUCUUCUUUGGAAGUCUCAUGAUGAUCUCGGCCGUCUUCGUCUGGUUCCUGGUCCCUGAAACCAAGUCGAUUCCGCUUGAGAAGAUGGACCGACUGUUUGAGAUCAAGCCCGUCUGGAAGGCCAACAAGACCAUCAUGGAGGAGCUCCAGCUGGAGGACGAGCAGUUCCGCAACAACGCUACAGGGUCGGGCGUCUCACCGGAGAAGCCGAGCAAAGAGCGUAAAGAGGCGGCUGAGGUGUAA